AUGGAAGAAAAUGAUCAUAGCAACAGAGAUGAGGAACGUCAAGUGUCGGCGGAUGAGUCAAACAGAGCGAUACUUCCCCUAUUACAAGCGCCGGGCAACAUUCAGCAGAUCCCGCAUCGAGUCACCAAUUUCUUUAUCGAUAAUAUUUUACGGCCGGACUUUGGCCGGAAAAAAGAAGGCAACACAAACCAUGAAGAAGGUAGUCACGUUACCAGAGAGAACCAUAGCCCGGCUGUUCCAAGAACGGAGCAAGUGGAGAGUACUGUGCCAACCGAGGGAACUUCCACUCCUCAUCCAGGCGGUGUGGCCAAUAAGCCUGAAAUAGCGACUGAAGAGCCUCUGAAACCCCGCGGAGAGAAUGGAGAUCAGUGCCUAAGCUCGGACUCGGAUAGUUCUCAAGCCAGCUCAAAUGUACCAUCCAAACAGCCUAUGCUCUGGCCAGCUUGGGUGUACUGCACCAGAUACUCAGACAGGCCCUCAUCAGGUAGGCUACGAUUCUUUUCCCUCGUCUUUGUAUCCUGAAAUACCCCAACCCGUUGUAACACUGACCUCAAACGCCUCGACCGAGUUGUAUAAGGAAAGGAGGGCAAACAGUGUUCGCCUGUUUUACGACGUGGAAAUGGAAGAUAGAAGAUUUAGCCUUGCAAGAUAUUCUAAAUGUAUCCAUGCAAACAUAAAAAUAACAAUACAAACAUUACAUCCGAUAUCAUUAUCCAAGAAAGCUAUAUAGCCUAUCGCUAUAAGAGUUUGAAUAAGGGCACCAUUUCAAGACUAAUUAAGGCGCUCAAAAUAGCAUCUUGCACUGGUUUAAAGCUAAAAUGUGCAAACGCAGGGGUAUUGGAAGUCUACACAUUAAUGUAGUCUAAGUGUGCGGGAUAAAUAGCCUAGUAACAUGAAUGGAUGAAUGAAGCGAAUUGUAAAUAAAUAUAUAUUUCAAAAUAGGCUAUAAGCCAACAACAUUGUUGAAGUAAUUUUGGAAUAACCUCCCACGAAUUGUCUUUUUUUAUGAGUAUUUAGAUUAUAACUCAAUAAUAAGAAUAUAAUAGCUUUUGGCUAGAUCAUAGUCAAUGUAUAGGUUACUACUACUAGUUUAUAGGUUACUAUAAACAUCUGCGCACACAUUACCAAAGCAAUAAUAGUAUUUCAGAGAAUUCUUGAAUCUAAAAAAAUAUAUGUUUAACAACAUAAUAGGGUACUUUUCCUCGAUCAUUCUGUCGUGCAAAUCCACUGUUUUUGUUUAUGCAUGAGUUUUCGCAAUGGAGCUGCCUUGGUCUCUAAAUAUUUAGCCUAUUUAGUACAUAAAACAUGAACGUUUCCAUCACCAUUCUAUAUGCUACUUAUGUAGAAACGUAUUGUACAAAAUGUUCUCAUGCAUUACGUAACGUUGGUUGCGUGGAGUCCACUAUUAUUCGAUGGUAUCCCCAUGGGCUGCCUAUCUUAAAAAGUUUUACAUCGUUUUAUCAUCUCCAGCGAGCUCCAAAUGUAUUAAAUAAUGUUUAUUUGAUUGUCGACUAGGCCUACUUAACCAAACAGAUGUCACCACUUUUUCAUCAAAUCGUUUGGGCUGACGAUCUUGUAGGCCUAAUACUCAAAACAAUUAAACCUAAAUAAAACCAUCAAUGAUGAGGUCAAUAUUUAUUUUCAUUAAACAAAUAUUCAAAUACAACCAAUCAUACUUACCCACCAAAAGUGCAAACUUGGAAUAGUAAUUUGCAACAGCCAAAGACCGAAUUCAGCAACCUGCUACGAUGUAUUCCACUAGACAACAUCAACAAGCCUAUAGGCUAUUACCCCUAUUGUAUAUAAAAGUAGAAAGGCGUUCUUAGAAAUCAAUUAUUUACGAAAAAUAUAUUUGAUAUUAUUCAGCAUUUCCAUUUCAGACGGGCAUUCCAGUUGUGUUCAUAUAUUUCAGGCCUUCUCAGCAAUUCCUCCAAUGACCAUAACAAACUCCGACAUGCCCCAUCAGUAGCCUAUUAGCCUACCUACCAUCUAUAUCUCUUCCAAUGCAUGGUUGUGGUCAAAGUAGCCUAUAGAAGUGCCGAACUAGGGCUUCAUUUCUAACUAUUUUGACAAUUCUUGUGUAAUAUGGAUUGGUGUGCGUUGAAAUGAUCAAAUGACACUCAAAUUCUUAUUUUGCAUUACGUAGCCUAUUACAUUUUUACAUUUUAGCAGACGCUCUUAUCCAGAGCGACUUACAGUUAGUGAGUGCAUACAUUUUUCAUACUGGCCCCCCGUGGGAAACGAACCCACAACCCUGGCGUUGCAAACGCCAUGCUCUACCAACUGAGCUACACGGGACUAUGUGUUAUGUAUUGGCCUACCUACAGUGCAAUAAUAAAUAAAUAAGUAGGGUCUAAAAUGAACGAAUUCAUUACUACAGUCGUAGUAACUGGGACACUUACAGCCUAUGCUACACUAAGCUUUCACAUUUCAUAUUUUGAUUGGUUUUGGCUAAUGAUAUAUAUAUUUUUUAAACACAGGACCGAGAUCUCGAAAACCAAAGAAGAAAACCGCCAGCAAAGAGGACAAGCGACCAAGGACGGCCUUCACAGCUGAACAGCUACAAAGACUAAAAACCGAGUUUCAAACGAACCGUUAUCUGACCGAACAGAGGCGACAGGCCUUGGCGCAAGAACUCGGCCUUAACGAAUCUCAAAUCAAAAUCUGGUUCCAGAACAAAAGGGCAAAAAUCAAGAAGGCCACUGGCGCAAAAAACACCCUAGCCUUGCACCUGAUGGCACAGGGACUGUACAAUCAUGCUACGACGUCAAAAGAUGACAAAUCAGACAGCGAUUGA